ACUAGUUUCACUCUUUGAUCGUCCCAGCCAAACCAAUAAAGCCAAUCUUUCGAAAAAUUACGAAGUCGGUGAAGGAAGACAAAGCACACUGCAUUACAUUACAUUACAAGGCAUAUAUAUUUUUAAUAACACAAGAAAAGGGGAGGGGCAAAAGAGUACCUUUUUCGGCAUUGGAAAUAUGGAAAAAUAAGGACGUCACAAUAAUCUAAUCAAGCGUAAAACACGCGCCUGUAUAAACUCUUUUUUUUGCCUUUUCUCAGCUCCCCGUCUUUUCAUAUUACCUCUUGUUUAUCCGGUGUUUAGCAAACAAACAAAAAUAAAUUGAAUUAUUGUUUUCUGGUAAUGGGUAAUUUGGUCACGCCGCCCGCCUGCAAUGGCCCCAAGUGAUGUUAAGGUAGCAUUACCAUAUUACUACUAAAAUAUCCACUCUUUCUCAGGUGUUUCCAGUUAGCCUAUCCUAAUCAAAUGAUUCGCGCUGAUUGUCAUUUCAGUUCACUUGCGUCAUCGAGCUUUAUCAAUAAUUACACUUUUCCUCUCUAUUAGACCCAAAAUUCACCUCAUCUACGUGUGUGAAAACCCUGCAAAAUCCAAUAUUUCAUUGACAUACCAAUUCUCACGGCCGACAUUGGAGACCUUUAUAAGUUCCAAAGAUCCAAACGUUGUGGCUCUAUUAUGGCUCUAAAGUUAUUCUUCUUUGGGAAAUUGAGUAUUACUUACUCGCAAUUGAGGCUACAGCUGAAAAGUAGCAAUAUCAAACGCUAGUAUUUUAUCAAAAUCAUUCGACCACAAAUAUCCAGAUGUUUUUGACAAAAAAUAACGGCGGGUGGGUCCAAUCUUGAUAUGACCAUUAAAGUAUAGACCCAUGGAAAGAUCCAAAAGUGAUGGGUCCAAGGAGUCUGGAAACGACCAGAGAGAAGCGAACCGAUUCGAAAACGUGGACCUUAUUCUCAACCAACCGGAUCCCGUUUUACAUGACUUCGAUUCUACUUCAAACAACAACUCAAAAAGCGGUCAUAGUGCUGAACUUCAGGAUUCAGAUGCGAGCCAAAACCUCGAAUUAGUUCAUGAAGACUUGGAUCAAUUUGAUAGUAGUGAGAGAUCUGCGCUGCCGCAUGGUUUGAAAGUUGAUAACUUUUCAAACAGCCAGAAAAGUUAUAGAGUUGCACCAACAAGUGGUACAGAGGAUAAAGAUAGAAACAAAAAGUUGUGUUGCAGUAUUUGUGGGAAUAUAUUUUAUGGAAGCGAAAGUGUUUUAAAUAAUAGAUCGAACAGUGCUGCUGGUCUAAAUGUGAAUAGCAGAGAUACAACUUAUGUUGGUGACGCCGCUUACUACCAAUUCUCCGAUCAUUGUACGGCUACUAGAAACAAUGCAGCCGCCGCGGAUAAGUUGAACGUUAGUGGUACGAUUAGUGCUGACACUAAGGACAGCAGUUCUAUCAAAAAUAGAGUUAAUUCGACCCAAAAUUACCAUUCGCUGUCCCAACAGUUUGAGCCGCUUGGCAGUUACCAGGGAACCUUUACUGGACCAAGUUGCAGUGAAACUUCAUUUGGGCCCGAACAAACUUUACCACGUCUAGAACGAGCUGGGCUAGAAUUGGGUUCAGAUCAUUCAGAGCCGGAUUGGUCAAGAGCCGAUCCAGAUUUGGAAGUUGAGUCCCAAUUAGGCGAAGAGAGAGAUAGCAGAAGAAGACGUUGCGACAAUUUUGCAGUUUCUGCUUACGAUCGGCAGUUUUGUGGAACCAGUUCGGCUCCGACAACGUCGGCUGAAAAAGAGGAGCGUAAUUUAGAGAGCAGAGCUUUGCCAGUUGCGCUGCCCUGCCAUACUUCAAACCGGGUCGCGGAUGAUAAUAUCCCCGAUUUAACCCACAUUAUACAAUACCCGCAGGGCGAAAAUAAAAACAACAAUAACAGGCCGCCGGAGGACAGCGGAGGAAUUAUUUACAGCGGAAAUAAGAGCGCAAUAGGAAACUUUGCUUGCUCUGAGCAGCCCAGUUCAAAUAAUCCAAAUAUCACUCCUUCUUCCAACGCGUCAGCGGCAGCAAAGGCAGAUUCCUCCUCGUUGUCGUCGGCCUGCGAGGCAGCAGCGGCGGCGGCCUCUAAUUCUGUUUCCUUGGUGCAUUGGCCGGGAAAUAAAGAUUACUUUAAAGUGCCAACAAGAAGUUCCUCCGCCGCACAAAUCAAAGACCCUGCUCCACUUGCUCAUUUUGACUCCUCUGCUCUUUGUGAUAGAAAUAGGGACAAUAAGCUUGCACCCGGCCACAACGCACAGUCUAGUUUGAAGCGUCCCACUGUAGUGCCUUUAUUUCCAGCUGCAUGCUGUCCCGAUUGUGCAAUAAUUCCACCAGCAAAAGAACAGCACUCCAGUUUUAAUUCGACCACCGGACUCUUUAAUCUAAUUCCCGGUCGCCACAACCCCGAUCCAAACAAAGCACUACUAGACCGACCAGAUCCUCCGCCGGAUAACAAACGUCGCGGCGGACCACGCAACACUAACGACGCUGCUGUUGACGCUCCAUACCACGUCAGCACAGAACCAAUUCCCGGAGAAGAACAGGCCAGUGAAAAGGCAGCAGCCGCAGCAGCCGCAGCCAGUCUUUCGAUCGAACCCAGCGGGCAACAAGACCAAGAAGAAGUUUACACAUUGUUACCCCCACGCUCCCUAAAUGUAUUGCCAAAGUCUUGCGCAAAUGAACAAGAAGGCAACUUAGUACAAAAACAAACUGCUAAUAGCUCGACUGGAAACCCCGGAUCGAAUGCCAGCUACUCAAACCAACCUUUAUUUGAAGAACUCUGCUCGAACAUCGACAAUGCACCAGUCAAUUUUAUCGAUCAGGCAAAUUUAAUCGGAGCAAAAACGUCACCAAACGCGACCUGCAGCCCCCACUCACCUGCCCAUUUUUCACCUCAAGGUCAGAAUUCCCCCAUCGGUGUAUCAGUCGCAAAUAACAAUAGAUACAACUGCCAGGCAGGGCCCUCAAAAUUAUCUCCGAAAUCUCUCAACCCGAUCCUACAAACACCCGAUGACCCCGGGUCAAUUUCGUCCGAGCCCACGAGUGCGAGUCAUUGUCGGCAUCACACGAAACGCUCCCCUAACCGAAAUCUGCAACUACGACACUGUCUUGGUCCCGUAAGUCGCAAAAGCAUGAACAAAAUGGCCUGUCUGGAGAAAAGUCGUAGCGUAGACACGGGCGGAGGAGCCACGACUAACAGUUUAUACUCGCAGAAUGGUUCCUCAUACGACACAUGUUGCUCUAGUUUUAACGAAAACGAAGCGGGCGAAGACAGCCUCGCAAAACACUCCGAUGACGUCAUGAUGGCCCCGACGGAAGACCAGCCUUUAUUUUUCAUCCCAGUAUCCGCCUCAGAUAAUCAGAAUUUGGGCAAAAAAGGGGAGAGUAAUAAAAAGACAUCUUUCCGUGCCUUGGACCCCUUAAGGCAGAACUAUGAAGAAGAUUCCAGGUAUGCUGACGAAGCCGACGACCCUAUGGAGUCCCUUUUAAGAGGCAGCCGAGGGUCCGUUUCUCAGUUACCUACGCGAUCUUCUGGUCGAAAACCUCCCAGCAAUAGUGCAAAUAAUAGACAGAAUAGCUUACGCAGUAGUUCUAGCAGUAUUAAACACUUUGAUAAGUAUAAACCGGCAGGAAACCAAGUUUAUUUUCCAAACGGGUCAGUUAAUCGUGGAAGUCCAAGAGAUCCUAGAAAAAAACAGGACAUGGCGAACAAUCGUCGGCAAUCUUCCGCUUCUCAAGCACCAGGAUCGCCAAGUCUUAUUAAAAAGUACGCUAAACGAGCGAGUAUCGUUUCAAACACGGGAAACGUAGAGCUGAAGUUAGAUUCCAAUAUCAGUAUUAACAAACUCAGUGCCUCUAGUAACCAGAAAACAUCGGCAGUCGGGACGGAGUUAGGGGCGGCGGUGCCUCCGGUGGGACACUUGCACUCGAAGGAAAGCAAACAGACCCAGGCACAUGCCAGUUACAGACUGGGUUUCCGUCGGUCACUAUUUGAAAAGCGCAAGAAGUUAAGCGACUAUGCCAUGUUAUUUUCUCUCAUCGGAAUUUCACUUAUGGUGCUGGAACACGAACUUUCCUAUCAAAUUUUGGACAAAGAGCUGAGCAAGUGGGUAUCGAUUAGUCUGAAGUGCCUCAUCACUGGAAGCACGCUGGUGCUGGUCGCCUUAAUAGUCACUUACCACGCCAGGGAAGUCCAGUUGUUCAUGGUGGACAACUGCGUGGAUGACUGGCAGAUAGCGAUGACGUGGGAGCGAGUGACUCAGGUGGCGGCCGAGGUGCUCGUCUGUCUCGUGCACUGUCCCCCCUUCCUCGUCCCCCACACCCACAAAAUUCUCAACCUCUCCAGCCAAGACCUCCUAGCCCCCCCGACAGAUGCGACCAAAUUCACGUUCAGCGACCUGCAGCUCAUCCUGUCCAUCUUCAUGUUCGCCCGCUUCUACCUUACGGGUCGGGUGAUGUUGCUGCACUCGAAACUGUUCACAGACGCCUCCUCCAGAAGCAUAGGGGCCCUGAAUAGGAUCAACUUCAAUACCAAAUUCGUCAUCAAGACCCUCAUGACCAUAUGUCCAGGCACCUUUCUCAUGGUGUUCACAGUCAGUUUGUGGUUCGUCGCAUCAUGGGUCCUCAGGGCAUGCGAGAGAAGAGAUGGAUCGGGGAUGAUAUCGAACUUCCUGGAUUCCAUGUACUUGGUGGGCAUCACGUUCUUCGCCAUCGGCUACGGAGACAUCUCCCCCAUGACCUACUGUGGCCGAGGAGUGGCCAUACUCUGUGGCCUCAUGGGCGCGGGCUGUACUGCGAUGGUGGUGGCGGUACUCGCCCGGAAACUGGAGCUGACCAGGGCGGAGAAACACGUGCACAACUUCAUGAUGGACAAUCAGCUGUCAAAAAGGUUGAAGUCGGCAGCCGCGAACGUGUUACGAGAGACGUGGUUUAUCUACAAAAACACACACCUGUCCAGCAAGCCCAACACAAGGACCAUACGCAAUCACCAGCGCCUGUUUCUCAGGGCCAUACACACGCUUCGCAAAACAAAAAUUGACCAACGGAAAUUAUUCGACCAAGCUAACCAAAUGGUGGACAUGGCUAAGACACAAGAUACAAUCAACCUCAUCCAUGAAGAAAUGAAAGCAAGAGAAAUAUCGGACAUGGAAAGAUUAGACAAAAUGGAAGGUAUGAUUACGAAUCUGCAAAAGAACAUGGACCAACUUAUCCUCCUCGCGAAUCACUCCCAACAGCAACAUCAAAGACUCUCCAAAGAAGUCAGCGCUCUUUCCACUAGUAACGCACGACAGCAAGCAGAAGUGUUACAUAAUAACACGACUAGCAGAGCGGAAAUGUUGCGUAAUAAUACAGACAAAUUAUGCAACCCAAAGUGUUCUGAUUUAUCAUCAACCUUGACACCAUUGGUGCCUCAAUCAUCACAGCCUCCUCAAAACCCCCCUCAAAAAACAGUAGCAGAGAAAGAAAGAAACCCAAGUUCAGUUAAUCAGCCGGAAAGAAGGCCGACAGCAAGUAAGCGUAGAGGUCUGCCACAUCAGAGGGCGUCGGUUCAAGGAACGUCUGACACGAUUCCCAGUUUCAAUUUGCCGUUGCGUGAAAACAAAUUGUCAACUGAAAACCCCAGGCUAAAAGACCGAAACAGUUGUGACGUCACUCAUUUAUCGUCACCGACAACUGCGAAUGUUCUUGAAGAAAAGGAAGUUAACAAAAAUAUUAAAACUCAUUUUGAACCACACGAAAACAGAAAAGAUAGCUUAACCGAUUCAACUUUAACUCAUGACGAUAGCGAAAACGCGAAUGUCAAUACGUAACAGAAACGCCAUUUCACGUUCUAUAUUUUGCGGUUCCAAGAAACAUGGAGCAAAUCAAAACCUCCCGGUGACGGGAACAGUUCCAGAAGUUAUUUUGACAAUUUAGCAGUCAAUACUAAAAUAUCCAGCUAAGUGGUUUGAAGCUUGCUUAAAGUUCGCGCUGUUAAUAUAGAAAUAAAGAAAGUCGCUUCUCGAAAACGCUUCUCGCAGACCGUAAAAACUGUUCAGUUGAAGUAUAUAUGCUUUUGGCCCUGAAACGAAAGAACGGAAAUGAAUCAACUUUUUUCACCGGUGGCUCCUUUUCGAAACCAUAUCAAAAGAUUUGCCGUCGACACUCAAAGGUAACAAACCCACGUGAAUGUCGACCGUCAAAUGAGGCCAAGUUGAAAAGAACAAAGAAGCGACUUUGUAUCGGGAUCUCAGGCAACAGGCCAGGAAAGAGGAGCGAAAUAUUUUCGAAAACGACUUCAUCGACUAUUUUUAUGUAAUAAACUUCACACUAGUUAGUAAUCGCAACUCAAUGCAAUGAGAUCUCCAGGAAAGCAAUUCUAAUUCUGCAAUAUCACGCAAUUCUCAUAAAAAUAGAGACCACAUAUUUUGUUAAAAAUUCACGAUUUCAUUGUCCUAAAUAAAGUAUUUAUUUUUGAGAA